UACUAGUUUCUUAUUAGAGCAUUGAGAGCAUAUUACUUGUUCUCCCAGUUUGAUUAGGAAAGGAACCUGAAAAGCAAGAGUGAAAACAAGAUGAAGAAAAGGACUUAUCUUCUAAAAACAGUUGUUUCUGCUGGAGCACAAACCAUGGGCACAGUGCAUCCUCUGCUGCCAUAAUGCAAUUCAGAGGCUCUGCCUGCAAAAGGCUGCUGUUACUUCGUGUACGUUCUUGCUGCUGAUAAUCAGUGGAUAAACAACUUUCAUAACACUGCAACCCCCUCCUCCCCCACCUAGCAGUCUGACAGUUGACUUGAUAGUUAGCCACGGACCUGGAGCAGUCUGGGGUAGCCAGUUUCCAGAUAGCAGCUUGCCUUUCUGGUCAGUAUGGGCUCUGUCACUCAUGGUAUGUGGUUCCAAAGGACUGGGCAGGUUUAUCACACAGGUCUGCGAAGGCCUCCUUCCUCAUGCAUUAGCUUUGGAGCUGCCGUUGUACACCAGUAACUGCAAAGUGAUGAGAUUUGAUCUUCUGUGCUAGUUCAGUUCCAGAAAAUACUGUUGUACAUUUUGGGAAAGUUAGUAUCAUUCAUCAUGUCAUCCAAAAUAAUGAACACUAGUGAAUCCAUAGAUUACAUGUCCCUAGAUUUUGUCUUUCUUUACCACCAUCUACAUGCAUUUGAUCACACUCCACAUCUUUUGGCACUGCAUUUCCUCUCAAGUUCCAAGACUUGCCUGCAUCUGUCUACACUGCUUCAGUUUGUGAACACCUCAGUUGAGUUUAUAAGGAAUUGCUCCACAAGAACCAUGCUAGCUCCAUACUGCUGCAAGCUGAGCUGCACGCCAGACCCUCAAAGAUGCAUGUGACUGGGGAGACUGCAGUUGUUCUGCUUCUAAAGCUAGGGAGGGAAAAUAACAGAGAGCUUGUGUCUGAAUCAGAUGGCAGAAUGGUUGGACAAUAUUUGUUCUGCUCUGGACAUAGGAAAGUGAGAGACUGCAGCUGCCAUAGACCCACCUGAGAUUGGCCAACCCGGCUGAGACCUCUCAGCGAUGACAAAGCAAAAGCUUCUGCUUGAUGGGACGCUCUCCUUGUUUCUGAUUGUGGCCUGUGAAGCUCAGCAGCUCCAGACGGGUCAUGUUGCUGCUAGUUCUGGUCCUCUGUGCGAGAAGGAGACACAAUCCUUGGGAAACCUUUUCAGCAGCGAGCGGCUGGAUGCCUGGAUCUGUUCCCUCAUCGGUUCAUUCAUGGUGGGGCUCAGUGGGGUCUUCCCCUUGCUGGUGAUCCCGUUUGAGACAGGAGCUGCUCUGCGGUCAGAAGCUGGAUCACACCGUUUGAAGCAGUUGCUGAGUUUUGCAAUUGGUGGGCUACUGGGGAAUGUGUUUCUGCACCUGCUUCCCGAAGCCUGGGCCUACACAUGCAGUGCAACGUCAGGAGAAGGGCAGAGCUUUCAGCAGCAGAAGCUACUGGGUCUCUGGGUGAUCAUUGGUUUCCUGACCUUCCUGGUGCUAGAGAAGAUCUUCCUAGAGGAAGAAGAGAAGGAGUGCCCUGGCGUGGUCUGUGAUUCCAAAGCACCAGCUGGAAAGAUUCCAAAUGGAAGUGGCUACGCACUGCCAAAAGUGACAGGCCAAUCCCAAAGAGCAGGAACAGAUUCAGCUCAGUGUAAUGGCUCUUCUCGCCAGUCCUGUCCAACUGACAACAGAAUCAAGAUUAGUGGAUACCUCAAUCUGCUGGCCAACACCAUUGAUAACUUUACACACGGCCUGGCAGUAGCAGCCAGCUUCCUGGUUAGCAGAAAGGUUGGGUUCUUAACCACAAUGGCCAUUCUCCUGCACGAAAUCCCACAUGAGGUUGGAGACUUUGCAAUCCUACUUCGGGCUGGCUUUGACCGCUGGAGUGCAGCCAAGAUGCAGCUUUCCACAGCUCUGGGAGGGAUUCUAGGAGCCUGCUUUGCAAUAUGUGCUCAGUCACCAAAAGGAGCAGGGGAAACGGUAGCCUGGAUCCUCCCUUUCACUUCUGGAGGAUUUCUGUAUAUUGCCUUGGUAAAUGUUGUGCCUGAUCUCUUGGAGGAAAAGAAUCCUUGGAACUCCCUGCAGCAAAUUCUGCUCCUGUGUACAGGCAUUACAGUCAUGGUGCUACUCUCGCUCACAACUGAGUGACCUCUGCGCAGACCUCAUGAUGCCUCCCAGAGCCACCACAGUGACUCUGAGCUGUUACAAAGCAAUAAGGAACACUAAUGUUACUUCCUAUGUGUGUGCGUGCAGAUCUGGCUGCUAGUAUGAGAAGCAGGUGAGAAAGAGUUCUGGGUGUGCAGGACUUCGUUCCCUGGCUCUCCUAUCCCUGUUCUGCUAAAAUCCACACAUCAGGGCUUCCUUUUAUUUUCUCCUUUUUGUUAUUUUUAUGGAGCAAAAGAUAAAGUGAGCAGAAAUGAACUGAAAGCUGCUCCACAGCGAAUGGACAAUGUUUCAUUUGGUUCGUUCAGAUGGAACCACACCUCCCAAGCUCUUGUGUGAAAACAACAGAAGUGAUUCCUGAGCUGAUGAAGAAGAAGGACCUUUCCUGCCACUUUGAGGGCUGGAGGCAGAACAAGGAUGGCAAAGCAACAACAAACCAACAGCUUUAGCCAGAACUCCCUACCCAUGAGGAGUUCACGGUGCUAUGAGUUAGAGGGGAAAGAACCCUUUCCAACUUGAUCUCCAGCUUUUAAUUGACAUCACUUGUUCCUAUUAGCGUCAGCAGUCCACAUCUUUGGUCUAUUUUGUAUUUGUUUAUGUUAAAAUCGAGCCAAAAGCUUGAGGCACUUUAGGAGAGGUCACUACAAUUAAAUGGCUCAGCUUGGUGAUUACUUGCCUCAGCCCUAACCACUCCAGUACCAGCACAGCCUGUUUAUCUGAAAAAUGGUCAGUAAAUGUUUCUUCUGUUGCCAUGCUACCAGCUCCCCUGCAUCUGGAAGGAAGCUGUUGUGACUGAGCUCCCUCUUCUCAUAACCAUUAGCUGAACAUGGCUGAGCCUGCUCUCACACACCAUCUGCCCCACACCAUGUUUCAGAGCUCUCUUGUGGUGUGGCAUGUUAGCCCUGCCUGGCAUGCUACAUGGCAGAGGUCUGGGCAUUUGGGGCAAUAGUUGAACACUACAGCCUGGUCAGCAGCCACUAGCUUUUCCUUUGUUCAGUGUAGCCUAUUUAAGAGCAUGCUAUCACCAAAAAAUAGAUGGUAGCCUAUUUCCAGGCUUCUUACCUCACAGUGGAGUUAGUCUGUUGGGGAUGAAUGGAUAAGAAAUAUCUAUUUCUUAUCUUAAAGGAAGGGGCACAGCAGCAAAGAAUGCUGGAGGGUGAAAUGGGAAGGGUGAAACUGCUGGUGGAAAGAUUUUAAAUAUGGGUCUAGAAGAGCUGUGUGCUAAAAGUGGGUCUAGAAAAGCUUUGUGCUAAGUAGGAGAGAGGGUUACAAUAAGUGUGCUUUAAGAGGAGUUUUCUAUUGUAUGACACUUGGGAUAAAUUUUUGGGCAAUUUGAGACCAAUAAAAAUAAAUGACAUUUCUAGUGCUUUCCUGCAUUCCAGCUCACAGGGUUGAGCAGGCCAUCAUUCCACAGGGCUGGUUUGUUGCCACAGAGAUGUACACAAUUAGUAGAUCAUCCCUUCUGCAGAGCUUAUCUUUGCUUAAGUCUAUUUAAAAACAGGUCUAAUUGAACUAGCAGAGUCAUUGCACACAAAACAGGUGCCAAAAUAUGAAUUGCACCAACUCAGCUCUGUCCUUAAACAGCUUCUGUAAAUCAGCACAGCCCUCCAGUCUGCACAGGGCCUUAUCAAGAAGGAUCAUGCCUUGAGAGGGCGAUUUGGGUCAGAGCAACAAGGCAGGUAUGCUGCCCACAGCAGAGGCAUUUACUUCCCGAAGAGAUUCCUGAACUGUUGACACAGUUCUUUUUUUAUGACAGCCCCUGUCCUAGUUUUCAGCGCAGGAGAGCUCAUGCUCGCAGUGCUCACUGCCCAGGAACUGCUGUCUGAAAUGUUUUCACCUUUCCUUACCCCGAGCUUACACCAGUAACUUGUUUCACUGCAACAAUGAGGGAGGAUUAAUGUAAUUUUAUUAUUCCUCUUUAAAAGUUGCCUUCCUUUGCCAACUACUCCCUCCAGUCUGAAGGUAGCAUCCACUUCCUGCUUUCCUGGAAGGAUUAAUCUGAUUAGCCUGCAGGGACUGGGGGAAUAUGCUAACCCUAUAGUUAUAGCCUUGGGGGUGUCCCUUCAGCUCAGCUCAACGGACCUUGUAGUAGGGAUCUGGAGGAAGGAGGUUUGCACAGAAAGACGUGCCUGCUGUUUCCCAAGAUGAGGCUGGCAUUUAAGUUGAGGCAUUGCCAGGUGAGUGCCCAUGAGUUGGUGUUAUUGCAUCAGCACUGAGCCUUGCCAGGACUGAAAACCACAGUCAGUGCUCAGUGUUCAGGAAUGUGAAGUGGAUGACACUGAAGAAAGAAUUUCGGAGUUGUUUUUCUUGGCUGCCACAACAGACCUGGACAGUCUGCGGUUCUUGGGAAGAUUCCUGGGUAGCACAGGGCUUGUGGGAGGGAGAGGCUCCUUAGUUUUCCAGUACAUCAGCCCUGGGGCUGAGGAUGAAGAGCCUUGGGAGGAAAUGGAAUCACUCCACCACAUUUGUCACUUUUGGAAAUGCAGAGAGAAUUGUAUUUUCUAGCUCUAUUUUUUCAGCUGCUCUUAUGCAUUUUCCCCCUUCAUCUGUAUUGGUCUGCUCUGCAUGGAGACAAUAGAGAUGAAAUAAAUGGUUUUCCAUGUGG